UUCUUCUUCUCUUGGUGCAUUUACAUAGAUUAAACCCACCUCUCUGUGCUUUGCUACAUAGAAAUGGCUGCAUUGAAAUAACCUGGGCCAAACGUGGUGGUGGUGGUGGUGUUGUAGCAGCAGCAGCAGCAGCAGCAGCAGCAGAGAGGAGCAGAGAAAGGGAAGGCCUCGUCUUGGGGAGCUGUGUCUUCUGGCUCCACACAGCCACAGGAGCGUGAUGUCAGCGGUGGCAGCGCGGUUGUAAUUGACUUGGCGGGGGCGAUGGCGUCAUUUUAUGCCCUGGUGUAGCCUCCUGCUCCGAUUGCGAAGGGGGAGACGGAUCUUGGGCCGACGCGACCGUGGCUCCCUUGGCCGGGAUAGAGCACCGCGCUGUCGGACACCUUUCCCCGGGAAACAUGGAGGCUGUGGCCGAAGAGCUGCGGGCCGGCUCUCGGAUACCUGUCACUAUCGAUCAAAUAAUAAACGACACAUUGGUGGUGACACUGACCUUCCGAGAAAGAAACUACACCGGGAUAUUACUUGACUGCAACAAGAAGACUGGUCUCUUCUGUCUCCCAGACAUCACUGCGAAAAACAGGGACUACUCGCUCACCAAACCGGAGUGUGACGUAACAGAGGUUCUGGGAUCUUCAGAGCAGCCUGUUCCCAAAUCUCCCAGCCAAGUUUCAAAUCCAAGACCAAAGGACGAAAACUCCAUCCCUGAAAACGACCCAACGUGUGCCCCCGUACCCUGCCCUGUUCCUGUGCCCACUCCUGUACCAGCCGGACAACCUCCGUACCCUCCUUAUUUUGAAGGAGCACCUUUUCCUCAGCCUCUCUGGGUGCGGCACAGCUACAGCCAAUGGGUCCCACAGCCUCCGCCUCGGCCGAUCAAACGAAAGAAGCGGCGGGGCAGAGAACCGGGACGUAUGACCAUCAGUACGAUACGUUUGCGACCCCGACAGGUGCUGUGCGAAAAGUGUAAGAAUACUUUAAACAACAGCGACGAGGACAGUAAAGACGGGGUCAGCAACAAAUCGUCCAGGAAGGAGAACGCACUACAAAGCGACGAAGACGCAGAGGAGAAAGAACCGGCGUCGAAGCUGGCGAGGAAGGAGGAGGUAGUGACGACUAAAGACAGUAGAAGACGAGAAAACGGCACAACACUCGAAGGCAAGAGGAUAAGAAGGGACAAACGGACCGACCCUUCAGAAAGCGAUAAGUUCCCAAAUAGUGACGUUAUUCCACAUAGUCCUGUUAUUAAAAUAUCUUACAGCACUCCGCAAGGUAAAGGUGAGGUCAUGAAAAUCCCGUCGAGAGUGCACGGGUCCGUCAAGCCUUUCUGUCCCAAACAACUCGUUCCAAAUGGACUGGGAGGAGAAAACGGGAAGGUGCUUACAACCAAGGAGCAACGGCAUAUUCUAGACGCGACUAGAUCUGGCUUAACUGUGUCCAUUCCUAAAUUGAAACUCACCAGGCCCUAUACAACCGUGGGGCAGGAUUUGACUUCUCCCAAAAUCCACUUGAGACCCCCGCAAAGGGAAAGCGAGGAGAGCGUGGUGGAAUACGAAGCGGAGAUAGUAGAUGGAACCAGGAGACCGCAGGCGUCUAGUGGGCCGUGUUUGCCCCAUUCUGAGGACUCCGGAGAGGGCAAGAACUCGUUGGAGCUGUGGUCUGGUAGUUCCGGAGAGGAGGGAGAUAGAGGACAUAACGAUUUGACUCUUUUGAUAAAUUUCCGUAAGCGUAAAGCGGAUUCGUCUAGCUUGUCCGUGUGCAGUAGUGAUAGUCUAGAUGAAGCCAAGUCUUUUAGCUCAGAAGGUACCUCCCCAGAACUUUGCGAUCUCGCCCCGGGGGAGGACCUCUCCGUUACCUCUUCCUCCGUUCCGACUCGGGACGGGUGCAAGACUGUCCCGCCGAUCACGGUCCGCUUGCACACCCGCAGCAUGACCAAGUGCGUUACCGAGGAGGGGCACGCCGUUUCCGUGGGAGACAUAGUCUGGGGGAAGAUUCACGGUUUCCCCUGGUGGCCCGCGCGGGUGCUUAGCAUAAGUGGGACGCGCAAACAGGAAACGGCCACUUGUGAAGCGCAGUGGCCCCAGGCGAAGGUGGCGUGGUUCGGCUCGCCCACCACCUCGCAGCUGUCCGUCGCUAAACUGUCGCCGUUCAGAGAGCUCUUCAGGUCCCGCUUCAACCGAAAGAAGAAGGGCAUGUACCGGAGGGCCAUCCUGGAGGCAGCCAAGGCCGUGGGGUACAUGAGCCCCGAAAUCACAUCGCUGCUGUCCCACUGCGACACGUAGGAGCUGAGGAGGGACAAAAGAGGUCACCAAUCCUCACACCGUGCUCGCAGACCCAGGAAGAGGAGUACGUGCGGUUGCCACAGCUACUAUUUAUACACUUUUUUUUCUUCCUUUUCACACAAGGCUGGUGGAAAAUGUCCGCCAACGUGGAGUGACGAGAGACAGGAUAAGGGAGCAACUAAACGGCCAACAUCUCCGUGGUUUACUAUGAACUGACAUGGACGAUUCCUGCUUUUUUUUUAUUUUUUAGAUUUUAUUCAUAUUUCUGUAGAACCGGAUAAUGACACUAUAAGAACCAGAAUGUAUUUAUUAUCUUUCUCUUGAGUCCACCUUUCUACCACAGAAUCUUGCUGCUCUCCUCGCCGUCGUCAUGAGGAUCGAUCCAUAAACGGUGGCGUUCAUGUUGGAUUUUUUCUACCUUUCUUUCUCCUUUCUUUCUGGACUUCAGGCAGGCCAUGUCCACACUGAUGUUUUAAACCAUUGAAGCUGUGUUUUUUUUUUUAUAGCAUCCACAAUAUAUUUUGGUUAACGCGAUCUCAAAUCAUGUUGGAAUCACGUUCGGUUUACCGUUUCUUUGGCAAUCAUGAAGCCCAGCAACGUUUCAGAAAGAAGUUGCUUACCUUCCUUGAAAGUGUUGUCACCAUACUUAAAAUUCUAUACGAUUUUGAUGCCACAAUGAUAAAAAAAAAACACAUUUCAACACAAAUCAUCAAACUUUCGGUCUUAUACUAGUUCUGCAAAUCAAGAUCACUCUCAAACUGUUCAGGAAAGGUCCAGUUUUGUCCUUUUUUAUGCUUUUCUUCCUUCUUUCGGUGCUAGAUUUUCUUAUCUUUUGACAACCCUAGUCCACGAUCAAUGUGCAAUGUAACAAGUAUUUUGCCAUCCUUAAUAAAAUAAUUAUUUAUAGUAUUUACAGCCUUCAGUCACGUGAGUUCUUCCUGCGUCCUUGCUUGCACUCCGCACGAAAAUCGGGACUAAACCAGGACUGUAACAAACAAACAGGACCAAACCAAAGUCUACAUCAGGACUAAACUUGGCUCAGACUGCGCUCGCAAAAUACGAGAUCAAAUGUACAGAGUUAUAGUUUGCUAUAAAAAGCACAAAGCUCAACACUCCAUUUGCUUGUGAUUCAUUUGAAGAAAGGGUACUUUGAAGACUUCUUUUAAAAGCACAAGAAUCGUUAUGAUGAAGCAAGCCUACUUUACGAACUCUAAUAAACCCCUAAAUAUGGCACUAUUUUUCUGGCUGUUACCAAAGCUGGCUGCAUCUAACUUUGCCAAUAUUUCUCCCCUCUUCUGAUCCCCAUUCCCGCUUCUUCUUCGGCUUCCCCCGACCUUUCCAAACGAGUGACAAACCUGUCCAUUUUCCGCUUACGACUCAUAACUCAUAACUUUGACUCAUCGAUAGCACAACCACAAACUAGAACAUGACUCACGGGUUUCAGGCAACGCAACCCCCCCAACUGCUAAGUCUGGAACAAAUUUUGCAACAUUUGGGAUAGUUUGAUGACUUUGAUGGAAAAUACCUCAAUAUAACAUGUGGUCUCAGUGACACAACGGCAGAAAAUGCAUUAUAAAAACAGUCUACUUCAGCUUUUUGGUUUAGGCUUAGGUCUUAGAAUUAGUCACUAUCCUGUUCUUAACUCAGCAUAUUACUAUUCCUCAACAUCGAAAUAUGACAAUUAGGGUACGUUCAGACUGCAGCCUGAAGUGACCCAAAUCCGAUUUUUUUCGACCCUAUGUGACCUGUAUCUGAUCUUUUAAUGACAGUCUGAACGACACAGAUCCGAUUUUUUCAAAUGUGACCCAGGCCACUUCGAUAUGUGCUCCUAAAACCGAUACAUAUCCGAUCUUUUGACAUGCGACUUCAGUCUGAACGGCCAAAGCGCAUCCAUCCGACCUACACGUUAUCAACAAGUCACAAAUCUCACUAUUCUGCGCUGAAGUAGGCGAAAAUUAUUAAUGAACUCCGUGUCACUGAAGCGAAGCACAUCACCACUCAUCACUCUUGGCUACGUCUCCACAUCCACACGUUCCUUUCAACGGACGUCGCUGCCGCUGUCCCACAAAACACCACGGCCAAAAACCUCGUCCUUCUACUUCUCAAUCUCCUCCUUAAAACAAAUAAGUUGUUCACGUUCUGGCUCUGGUACGAGAGGAACUUUAAAAUCUCCAUGUGCUCAAUGCUCACGUCCAUCUUUGUACAACUUCCGUAAACACAGAGCACGCUCGCUGCGGUUGACGUCGUCGUGUCUCCAGUGUCACAUGUGGGACACUUUCGGGCCGUUUAAUGUUCACACUGGAGUCACAUACAAGUCGCAUUUAAUUGGAAAUGUGAACGACCUCGCAAAAACAUCGGAUUUCACAAAAAAAUCUGAAUUGAGCGUUAAGCCCUGCAGUCUGAACGUAGCCUUAGUGUUUUUAUUCUUAAUUUAAAACAUUUGCUUCUAGGUAGGGGUGGGCGAAAUGGCCAAAAAAUAAUCAAGAUUGUUUUGGAGCCAGCUCACAGUUUUGAUUUUAGUUCAUGUAAACGUCGGUGUCGUGUUAUUGUGUUAACUAAAAUAAUCUGCUCACGCUUCUUUGUGAUUGGUUAAAUUCACCUGUCACUCACUCAGGGCACGCUGCGGCUGACCAAUAGGAGGCGUGGACGGAAAAAUUGGAAUUUGAUUGACAAUUCGCUGUUUUAGCAAAAUGGUGGUCAGUAAUUUGAGUUUUCGUCGCAUCUCGCCCACCCCUAAACUACUCAUUUAAACGGCUUUCUGUAGUUUUUUCUGUCUUUCAAACUAAUAUUGUGGAUGCUAUCGGACUACACAGCAAAGUUCAGAUUUCAAACCUGUUUUCGUGGACUUGUCUUCUGGAUGUGUUGAGUGCGGCUGGACAAAGUCUUACCUUGAAUCCUUCUGAAAUGUGAACGUCUCCCAUCACGGACAAUACAAGUGACUGAGUGUUCAUUCUUAAACAUAAUCUGUGGAUAUAUUUAAAAAAAACAAGCUCCAUCUUUUGACCAUCUUCCAUUUGUUUAGCUGUGUCUUGACAUUUUGGUACCCCAGCGACCAUUUUUACUUAGUUUCUUUAAUUAUUUAACUCACCUUUUAAGAAAAAAAGCACUUUAUUCUGUACCUUGGUGGCCUGCUGUAAUUGUUGAGAACACUAAUUGCGAGAAACAGCCCUUGAAUGGCAGAAGGGGUAUUCAAAAGUUGUUGUGGUUUGACUAUCCAUUGCCUUGGAGAUGAAAAAAAAUGUUUUAUUGUACAUUUUUUCCUUAAAGGGGACGACACCAUGAAGGUUGUGUACACUGUAUUCUUGCAUUUAAACACAAGGAAUACAUUUUAGCAUUAACAAUACAGCAGUGGUUUUCAAACUUGUCACACGAAGUAAAUAACUAUUUACAAAUAUUUGGCUUUUCAAGUGUUGUCAAGCAACCGAAAAUAGCAUUUCUUAUUAUAUAAAAGUUAAACAUGCUAAAUCGAGAUCAAACGUGUACAAGGAUCGGACUAAAACUGAACCAGGUCUAUGUGCUAAAUCGGGAUUAAAGUAGGACUAAGCCAGGAGUAAAACUGGACUAGACUUGUUGUAUUUCGCUGACCCAUUCUUCACACUUAAUAAAAACUAACCCCACUGUAAAUUAACUCCCAUGGAUUUAUAAUGCUUAUAUAAAAGUUAAACAAAAUAAAAUGCGUAAUAAGAUUGGACUAAAGCUGAAUCAAGUCUAUGUGCUAAAUCUGGACUAAAGUAGGACUAGACCAGGACUAAAACUGGACUAGAUUUGUUGUAUUUCACUGAACCAUUCUUCAGACUUAAUCAAGACUAACCCCGAUUAUACUACUUUAAAAGAACUCCCAUGUAAUUAUAAUGCUUAUAUAAAUGUUAAAAGAAAUAAAAUGCGUACUAGGAUUGCACUAAAGCUGAACCAGGUUUAUGUGCUAAAUCUGGACUAAAGUAGGACUAGGCCAAGACUAAAGCUGGACUAGACUUGUGGUAUUUCGCUGACCCAUUCUUCAGACUUUAAUCAAGACUAACCACUAGACCACUUUAAAUGAACUCCCAUGGAUUUAUAAUGCUUAUAUAAAAGUUAAACAAAAUAAAAUGCUUACUAGGUUUGGACUGAAACUGAAAUUUGAUAUUAAAGCAGGACUAAUCUUGAACUAAACCUGCCCUGGACGACUUGUACCUGGCCCGUUUAGUCAGACUCGCUCAAAACUAAACCACGUUGACAAAUAAUCGAAAUCCCGUGUAAUUAUAACGGAUUGAAAUGUGCUACUACUAUGUAAGAGCAGACCUUACCUUAAAGAUGAACUAAACCAGGUCUUAACCAGGUCUAAUCUUGGUCUAAACCUGGAUUUAACAAGGACUGAAAAGAGAACCACCUCAGUUUGAGAACCAUUGCACGUCAAAUCGCAAACAUUUCACUGGACAGGCUUAACGUUGGUGUCUUUUACAUGCCCCUGAAUGCAUUUUAGUUAUGGCUUUAUAACUUUCUAAAGAAAUGCUGUAAGAAUACUGUGAAUUCAACUGCUGAGCGUGCUAACGGGGAGAAACGAACUGGACUAAGCUUGUGCGUUGGCUUGUUUGGAGACCGGAAUGACCUUUAAUGACCUUAGCGUUGAAAGCGGCACUGUUGAAGCGGUCCCAAGAGGAGGAGGGAGAGGUGGGGGUUGGGCGAGCGGAGGUAGAAAUGCCGGGGAGGGGACGGGAGGGAACGAGCCUGGCGAGUUUAAAAGUAAAAACCCAAGAUUGCAUGCAGUCACGCUCCACAAACCGACCGUAAUAUGGACGACGUUGGUUUCGGCCAUUGUGGGUUUGUUGUUACAGUGACGGGAAGCGGCGUGUGAAAGGGUUGCAUUGAAGUUUAAGAAGUCGACCCGAAAAGAAGUGAAAUUUGAACUUAAAAUGACCCAGUGUUGUAACAGGCUCGCGAUUAUUCAUGCCGUUUUUACUGCUCAAACAUGAAUUGAAUUGUGAAAUGAAGACGCUUUUCUUCUUUCUUUCUACUUCAGAAUUUCAAGAUACGUCAAUUUACGCAGAUUUGAAAUGAAAUGGAAAAAUGUUUAGGAUGGUGCAAUGAGAAAGCAAAAACUUUACUUGGUUUCAUAUGUAAGUGAAAUUGUGAUUUAUAACAUUAGGGAUGCACUGAUACUGAUUUAUAACAAUUUGUGGAUUAAUGAUGCCAUUGUAAUCAAUGUGAAACCAAGUACAAACUGUUCAUAUGUGUACAAGAAUCGGAUUAAAACUGAACCAGGUCCACGUUUUAAAUCUGGACUAAAAUAAGAUUAAGCCAUGUCUAAAACUGGACUAGACUUGUCUGACUCAUUCUUCAGACUUAAUAAAGACUAAACCCGGACUAAACCACUUUAAAUGCAUUUUAUUUUGUUUAACUUUUCAUUCUAGGAUUGGACUAAAACUGAAAUUUGACACUAAAGCAGGACUAAUCUGACUUUUGACAUUGGUAUCGGAACUGGAAAAGUAAUUUAUAAUAAUUUGUGAAUUAACUAUGCCAUUAUAAUCAAUGUGAAACCAAGUACAGACUGCUCAAUCAAGGAUCAGACUAAAACUGAACCAGGUCUAUGUGCUAAAUCUGGACUAAAGUAGGACUAAAACUGGACUAGAUCCAUUCUUCAGACUUAAUAAAGAAUAACACCAGACUAAACCACUUUAAAUGAACUCCCAUGUAAUAGUAAUGGUUAUAUAAACAUUAAACAAAAUAAAAUGCGUGCUCGGAUUGGACUAAAACUGAAAUUUGAUACUAAACCUGGACUAAUCUGGAACUAAACCUGCCCUGGACUACUUUUAUCUGGCCCUUUUAGUUCUGACUUGUUCAAAAACGAAGCCAAAACUAAACAUGAACUGAAAUCGUGAUUUGUAAUAUUGGGGAUGCACCAAUACUGAUACUGAAAAAAAUUGCUGGAUUGGGUAUCAGUUCCACGAUAUCAGUUUUUGGGACCUUUUCUUAGGUGUAAGAAGACUACUUUCAGCUUUUUCUUUUUCCUAGAACGUCAGUGUUUGAACUAUUUGUUGUUCCUGAGUUCUGUGAAAGAUGAAUAACAGUUGCGUAACACAGUUGGAGCUCUUGUGUAAUAGGCUAAGAGAGAAAAAUAAGUGUCAUUUUCCAUUCCAACACUCGUAUCUGUUCAUAUCAGGUAUCAGCAGACACUUAAAGUCAGUGUCAACAUCGGUCUCGGAACUGAAAAAGCUACAUCCCUAAUUUAUAUAAUGAUCUGUGAAUUAACUAUGCCAUUACAAUCAAUGUGAAAACAAGUACAAACUGUUCAAAUGUGUACAAGAAUCGGACUAAAACUGAACCAGGUCUAUGCUCUAAAUCUGAACUAAAGUCGAACUAAGCCAGGACUAAAACUAGACUGGACUUGUCCGACCCAUUCUUCAGACUUAAUAAAGACUAACCCUAGACUAAACCACGUUAAACGAAAAGUUAAACAAAAUAAAAUGUGUACUAGGAUUGAACUAAAACUGAAAUUUAACACUAAACUUGGACUAAAGCAGGACUAAUCUGACAUUUGACAUCGGUAUCGGAACUGUAAAAGCUGGAUCCCUAACUCAUAUAAUAAUAUGUGAAUUAACUAUGCCGUUAUAAUCAAUGUGAAAACAAGUACAAACUGUUGAAACGUGUACUAAAACUGAACCAGGUUUAUGUUUUAAAUCUGGACUAAAGUUGAACUAAGCCAGGACUAAAACUGGACUAGACUUGUCUGACCCAUUCUUCAGAUUUAAUAAAGACAAACCCCAAAUUUAAACCACUUUAAAUGAAAUGUUAAACAAAAUAAAAUGCGUACAAGGAUUGGAGUAAACUGAAAUUUGAUACUAAACCUGGACUGAAGCAGGACUAAUCUGACAUUCGACAUCGGUAUCGGAACUUAUAAAGCUGCAUCCCUAAUUUAUAUAAUCAUUUUUUAAUCAACUGUGCCAUUAUAAUCAACGUGAAACCAAGUACAAACAGUUUUUUAACUAGAUUUUCAUUUUUUGCAGCACCAAAAACAGUCCAAUUUCAAUUUCAAAGAGCAAAUCCGAAUUCUUGUCUCUUCGAUAUUUGUAAAUUGAAUAGGAGCCCUUAAACCCUUGCCUUGAAUGAUUUUUUAUUUUGUUUCUAGCAGGUUAAUCUUUCGGACACCCUCACUAUGGCCAAGCCCAGCGUCCGUCUGCUCUUCUGUUAUGGUUUAAGUUGAAAUAGUAGACGUGGUUUACUUCUCCUCCUCACAGGGGUCAGUGUAGGUUGGUCUCCGCGGCCUGUAUAGCCCCAUCGGAGUGUGUGGUCUGUGUACUUAUGCCUGAACAGGGGAUUUUCCAUAGAGCAACAUGACUAUCUGCUGUUGCCCUCGUCGGUCAAUGUUAUUGGCUAUUUUUUGUUUUCUUUUUUACAUGUACUGUACAUAAAAUAAAAUAUACAAGCAAUAA